AUGCCACAAUCCAGGACAGGAGGAUGGCAAGUGGUCAUGCUAUAUGCAGUAAAUGAAGUGGACUUCCUCUUAAAUGUUAUACUUGGACAGUUGCAGCUACCGCACCAAGUUGAAGACAUGGGACCUCUUCCUGCAGACACAGGAAGAAUUCAGAGUUUACCCACCAUCUCCAUUACAGAGGAACAUAUGGGUGCUGAUCUAGAGUGUCCUGUGUGCAAAGACAACUUCAGCCUUGAGGAGAGUGUUAGACAACUGCCCUGCAGUCACUUGUUUCACAAUGAUUGUAUAGUACCAUGGCUGGAACAGCAUGAUACGUGUCCUGUAUGCAGGAAGGGUCUCAAUGAACAGAACACAGCCACGGAACCACCAGGGUUAACAGCAGUGGAGUCAUUUGCCCCCUCCUCUUCUUCUUCCUCCUCUUCUUCCACCUCCUCCUCUUCUUCUUCCUCCUCUUCUUCCUCCACCUCGAGUUCAUCUAGCGAAGAGGAGACUGCCGGCAGCUAG